AUGGCUGCGUCAAUCCGUGCUCCCUCCUCAAUGCUUCUCCGCAGCCUUCGCACGGCGUUGGCAUCCAGCCGCCAAUUGCGAGUAGCAGGGCCUCGUGGUGCAAUCGCUUCCCGUCAGACUACAAGAUCAAUUGCCAAUUACACGCACACACAUCAGGCAUCAGCUAUAUCCGUCCUGCCAACAUCUGUGGACACCUCUUCGGCCAACUUCAAGGAAAAUGCAGCUCAAAUGGAUGAGCUUUUGGCCAAAAUGGCUGACCUCCAUUCCACAAUUGCCAAGGGAGGGCCUCCAAAAGCAAAGGAAAAGCAUAUCGCUCGUGGAAAGCUGCUUCCCCGGGACCGCGUCACAUCCUUGAUUGACCCGGGGACCUCAUUCCUCGAGCUCUCUCCACUUGCGGGCCACCAGGUUUACCCUGGCGAAGAUGUGCCUUCCGGCGGUAUUAUCACCGGGAUUGGAACGGUCGAGGGAGUCUCCUGUAUGAUUGUAGCAAACGAUAGCACUGUCAAGGGCGGCACCUACUACCCGAUCACGGUCAAGAAGCACUUGCGCGCACAGGCAAUUGCCCAGGAGAACAAGCUACCUUGUAUCUACCUGGUUGACUCCGGCGGAGCCAACCUUCCCCAUCAAGCAGACGUGUUUCCAGACAGAGACCAUUUCGGACGGAUCUUCUUCAACCAGGCCAGAAUGAGCUCCAUGGGUAUCCCGCAGAUUUCGGUAGUCAUGGGACCAUGCACGGCAGGCGGAGCGUAUGUUCCCGCCAUGAGCGAUGAGUCCAUAAUUGUUGAGAACCAGGGGACCAUCUUCCUUGCUGGCCCACCAUUGGUUAAAGCCGCAACUGGAGAAGUUGUAUCUGCAGAAGAUCUUGGCGGAGGCCGCUUACACAGUUCCAUCUCUGGCGUCACCGAUUACCUCGCCGUUGAUGACGCCCACGCCCUCGUCCUUGCCCGCAGGUCAAUCUCCAAUCUCAACUGGCCGAAAAUCGCCCUUCCAUCGAACCCAGCAUCACAAUCAAACGCUCCCUCGACAAUAAAAGAACCCCUUUACGACCCAGCAGAGCUCUCCGGCAUCGUCGGCACCAAUCUUCGCCGCCAAAUCCCGGCCCAUGAGGUCAUUGCCCGCAUCGUCGACGGCAGCGAAUUUGCCGAAUUUAAACGCGACUACGGCACCACGCUCGUCACGGGCUUUGCGCGCAUCUACGGCACGCAGGUCGGCAUCGUUGCGAAUAAUGGCAUCCUGUUCUCCGAGUCGUCACUUAAGGGUGCUCAUUUCAUUGAACUCUGCGCUCAGCGCAAUAUCCCUCUGAUAUUCUUACAGAACAUCUCUGGUUUCAUGGUAGGCGCGGAUGCGGAAAAGGGCGGUAUUGCGAAGAAUGGAGCUAAGCUCGUCACGGCCGUGGCAUGUGCUGAUGUUCCUAAAUUUACUGUUGUGUUUGGCUCCAGCGCUGGCGCGGGUAAUUAUGGGAUGUGCGGCCGCGCCUACUCUCCCCGUUUCCUCUUCAUGUGGCCCAACGCCAAGAUCGGCGUGAUGGGUUCGGAACAGCUCUCCUCGGUCAUGGAGGCCGUGGGCCGCACGGCCGAUCCGAAGCUGAAGGAGCGCAUUGAUACGGAGUCGGAGUCGAUAUUUUCUUCCGCACGGUUAUGGGAUGAUGGCGUGAUUCCGCCAGCACAUACGAGAAAGGUGCUGGGUUUGAGUCUUGCGGCUGCGUUAGGAGGCCGGGCGGAGGAGGCCAAGACGAAGUUUGGAGUUUUCAGGAUGUAA